CUAAAUGGCAACAUGGAAGACACUGGUGAAUUGGCCAACAAUAGGCCCAAAUUCAAUGGUCGAGAGGAAAUUUCCAUUACAGCUCAUCGUAAAGGAGUUUCAUGUGUUAAAAUUAGUCCAAAUGGACAAUUAAUAGCUUCAUCGUCAGCCGACAAACUGAUCAAAAUAUGGAGCUUUGCGGGAAAAUUGGAAGGGACAUUGAAAGGACACAAGCUAGAAGUCUCAGAAGUUGCUUGGAAUUCAGAAAGCCGACUUCUUGUUUCGGCAUCAGAUGACACUAGUGUAAGAAUAUGGGAUCUCUCCAACAAAACGCGCGUUACAACACUUCUUGGUCAUCAAGACUACGCUUUUUGUUGCUCCUUCAAUAUGAAGACAACAUUGGUUGUGUCAGGCUCAUUUGAUGAAAGCAUUAAGAUCUGGGAUGUAUCUGAAGGUUCCUGCCUCAAAACUUUAGUAGGUCACAGAAGUGCAGUUACUGCAGUGCAGUUUAACCUGGAUGGAACGCUUGUCAUAUCCUGCAGUUAUGACGGCAAGUGCUGUGUCUGGGAUGUAUUGUCAGGUUGCUGUUUAAAAACGAUCUCGACAAGUGAAGACCCACCUUUGCCCAUAUCACAUGCAGUGAUAUCCCCGAAUGGAAAAUAUCUGCUCAUGUCAACCCUAGACAGCAGGAUAAGGUUGUGGGAUUAUAAGACAGGACAAGGAAGGAUAGUGAAAACCUAUGAAGGGCACCUAAACAAAGACUUCUGUGUUAUGGGUUGCUUUAGUACCGUAAAUGGCAAGUGGGUGAUAUCUGGAUCUGAGGAUAAUCACCUUUAUAUAUGGGACGUUAAGACCCGCCAAGUGGUCGGAAAACUGACAGGACACACACGACCUGUGUUGUGCUGCCAUGUCCAUCCUUCUGAACAAGUCAUAGUGUCGGGGUCGCUUGACAAGAAAAUCAAGAUCUGGCGAUGGUCUUUGGAUGGGUAGCAUCACAGGUGGCCCAAGCUUGGAAAUGAGCAUCCUUGCACAUACAGUAGUACAUCAGGUUAUGGAAUAUUUGAAAUAAUAUUAUAACGAUUUGUAUGUAAAACAAAGCAAAAAACAAAAACAAAAAAAACAGUUAUUUUUUCAAACCUACAAAAUACGAAGGAGUACGAAUAAAGACAAACCUAGGUAACCUG